AUGCGUUUCGUCAGCGGUAUCGCCUUGGCCGUCGGCCUCGCAGGCGCGGCCUCCGCUACUAUUCACCCUCGCUCCCAGGACUCUCGCGACUUCUUUGCCCUCCAUCUUGACACCGCCACCUCUCCCGAUCAUGUCGCCCGCAUGCUAGGUGCCCGACACGAGGGCCAAAUUGGACAACUGACGGAUCACCACACCUUCUCUUUCCCGCGCGACCAAAGCUCUGAUCUUGCUGCAUUGUUGGACAAUAUAAAGACGAAGAGGAAAAUUCGCCGGCGAUCGGGCGAAAAUGUAGCUCGGAGUGCAGAUCCACUGGAUUCCAUCUUGUGGUCACAGAAGAUUGCGCCGCCCAGGCAACGACUGCAGAAACGUGCACCACCUCCAUCUGAAGCUAUCGCUCGUCGACUGAACGAUGUGCCCGAAAAAAGUGCGAUUGAUGUACAAAGCGACAUUGCUUCGACCUUGGGAAUCAGCGAUCCCAUUUUCAAAGAACAGUGGCAUCUGUUCAACCCUUUACAACCCGGUCAUGAUCUCAACGUCACCGGAAUCUGGCUGGAAGGUGUGACAGGCCAUGGCGUGGUCACAGCAAUCGUGGAUGACGGCCUUGACUUCGAUAGCAAUGACCUGAAGCCCAACUACUUCGCGGAAGGUUCCUACGAUUUUAAUGAAGGCGGUCCAGAGCCUCGUCCUCUGCUUAUAGACGAUAAACACGGUACCCGUUGCUCAGGAGAAAUCGGUGCCGCAAAGAACGAUUAUUGUGGUGUGGGUGUUGCAUAUGACAGCAAAGUGGCGGGUAUUCGGAUCCUGUCCGCUCCGAUUGACGACGUGGAUGAGGCCGCCGCUAUCAACUAUGAGUUCCAGAAGAACGAUAUCUACUCUUGCUCGUGGGGACCCAUCGAUGAUGGUGCCACAAUGGAUGCGCCUGGUGUUCUGAUCAAGCGAGCUAUGGUCAAUGGUGUGCAAAAAGGACGCGACGGAAAGGGCUCCAUCUUUGUGUUUGCCGCCGGCAAUGGUGCGCAGUACGGCGACAACUGCAACUUUGAUGGAUAUACCAACAGUAUCUACAGUAUAACAGUCGGAGCCAUUGAUCGGCAAGGAAGCCAUCCAUCUUACUCCGAGUCAUGUUCCGCCCAGCUGGUGGUUGCAUACAGCAGUGGAUCUGGUGAUGCGAUUCAUACCACUGAUGUGGGCGCCAAUUCUUGCUACUCAAACCAUGGUGGUACCUCCGCGGCUGGGCCUCUCGCCGCAGGUACCGUGGCGCUCGCACUGAGUGCUCGGCCUGAGCUGACAUGGCGCGAUAUCCAAUACUUGAUGGUGGAGACUGCAGUUCCGGUGAGUGAGACAGAUGGGAGUUGGCAAACUCUUCCAUCUGGCCGGAAGUUCAGUCAUGAUUGGGGCUUUGGCAAGGUGGACACAUACUCCUUGGUUCACAAGGCUCAAACCUGGGAAUUGGUGAAGCCCCAAGCUUGGUAUACCUCACCAUGGUUGCGAGUGCACCACAAUAUUCCUCAAGGAUCACAGGGCUUGCUUAGCAAGUUCACGGUAACCGCCGACCAGCUCAAGGACGCUAAUUUUGGUCGGCUGGAGCAUGUUACGGUCACCAUGAAUAUCAAUCACUCUCGCCGUGGUGAUCUCAGUGUGGAGCUGCGUAGCCCGGCUGGAAUCAUUAGCUACCUGAGCGUUGCCCGCCAUCGUGACAAGGAGCCCGUUGGUUACCUAGACUGGACCUUCAUGUCUGUUGCUCACUGGGGCGAACCUGCUGUUGGUGAAUGGACUGUGAUCGUUAAAGAUUCCGAAGUCAAUGAUUUCUCUGGAGAGUUCAUCGAUUGGAGAUUCAACCUGUGGGGUGAAGCCGUCGAUGGAACUCUGCAGGGUCUCCACCCUUUGCCAGAUGAGCACGACGAUGAUCAUCCGUAUGAGGAGGCUCACGUGGCUACGACAACCUUGGAGCCUGCACCAUCUAAGACCAACCCUGCUGUCACCAAUCCGGAUGAGCACCACGACCGGCCUGUGAACCAGAAGCCCACAGACCAACCCUCGGCUCCUACAGUGACCCAGCCUGCCGACGAGGAGCUCGAGGUAGUGAACAAUGGUACCACUGCCGGCAGUGCGGCCUCUUCGACCAGCACUGCUGUGUCAGACAACUACCUUUCCUCCUACCUCCCAACAUUUGGAGCCUCAAAGCGUACUCAAGUCUGGAUCUACGCAUCGCUGGGCAUGAUUAUUGUAUUCUUUAUCGGUCUGGGCGUCUUCUUCCAACUUCAGCGCCUGAAGCGCCGCCGCACCAACCCUCAGGAUGAUUACGAAUUUGAGAUGAUUGAAGACGAGGAUGAGAUGCACCCUAUGACUGGGCCAGGUGGGCGAACCCAGCGCCGUGGCGGUGAACUCUAUAAUGCUUUCGCUGGAGAAAGCGAUGAGGAAAUCUUCAGUGAGGACGACGAGGAAAAGCCAUAUCGGGAUCGGCUGGCCAACAUCCCAGAAAGGGAUGAUGAAGAAUCAUCUCCAGGCAGCCACCUUCUGACUGAAAAGCAUUAG